GGUUAGGUCCAAACCACAUCUUUGGCCGGUUGUGUGACAGUAGUCAUGAGUUACACACAGCGUAGGGGAUGGGGUCGGAGAGGCAGGGGCUUCUCAUCCCAACAUGAAGCUGGCUCUUCUAGUGAGAAUGCGGGAAGGGGAAGAGAGAGGCCACCGCCGCACCUCCGGGGACGGGAGAUCGGUUUGUGGUUUGCGAGAAAGCAGGGACAGAGAUGCAGAGAUAAAGAAAGAAUGGAGAGAGCUGUUGUGCAAAUGGACGAGUCAAGAGAAGAGCAUAUAACUCGCCUGCUGAAUUCUGUGCACACGCACUAUAAUGAAGAAAAGCCAACACAUUCUGAUGGAUCCUGGUGGGGCUCUGAUGAUGAAAGUUCUAUACCUCAACUAAAACAGGCUGUAGUACCCAAGAGUAAAGCAGAGCAGAAGAAUUCAGAGAAUGUUUCUCAGGAAAAUGGAGGGGACAUCUAUUUAGAUCAACACCUUAAAGAAGAACUGCACAGAAAACAAACAGAUUAUCGAUAUCUUGAAAUGCAGAGAUUUCGUGAGAAACUGCCUUCAUAUAGCAUGAAAGAGAAAAUCAUUAAAAUGAUAAGCUUGAACCAAGUGACAGUCAUUAGCGGAGAGACGGGAUGUGGGAAGACCACACAAGUAACGCAGUUUAUUCUGGAUGAUUAUAUCAACAGGGGUAAAGGCUCUAAAUGUCACAUAGUAUGUACCCAGCCACGGAGAAUCAGUGCUAUCUCGGUAGCAGAGCGAGUGGCAACAGAAAGAGCUGAAGUCUGUGGGAAAGGAAAUAGCACCGGUUAUCAGAUUCGCCUUGAAAACCAGUUGCCAAGGAAACAAGGUUCAAUUUUAUACUGCACAACCGGCAUAGUUAUACAGUGGCUCCAGUCAGACCAGAAUUUGGCUCAUGUUAGUCACGUUGUGAUAGAUGAAAUCCAUGAGAGAAACCUACAGUCAGAUGUUCUCAUGGCAGUGGUAAAAGAUCUCCUUAAAAUCCGAAAAGACCUAAAAGUCAUAUUGAUGAGUGCCACACUAAAUGCAGAAAAGUUUUCCCAGUAUUUUGAUAACUGUCCAAUGCUGCAUAUUCCUGGAUUUACGUACCCUGUACAAGAAUACCUUAUGGAAGACAUUAUUGAAAUGUUAAAUUAUAUCCCUAAGGACACUAUGCGGAGACCUCCGUGGAAGAAGAGAUUUUUGCAAGGACACACAACACAACCUGAAAAAGAGGAAAAAGAAGAGCUGUAUAGGGAGCGCUGGCCUGAAUAUGUUCGGAAACUCCAGGGAAGAUAUUCAGAAAAAACUAUUGAUGCCUUGGAGCUAAUAGACAGUGAUAACAUCGACCUUGACUUGAUUGCUGAACUCAUCAGACAUAUUGUUUUAAAAGGGGAGGAUGGUGCAAUCUUGGUAUUUCUGCCAGGUUGGGACAAUAUUAGCAAUCUGCACGAGUUGUUGAUGUCACAGGUCAUGUUCAAAUCAGAUAGGUUUAUAAUUAUUCCUUUACAUUCGUUGAUGCCAACUGUAAACCAGACCCAGGUUUUUAAAAGACCUCCACCUGGAGUAAGAAAAAUUGUAAUUGCUACCAAUAUUGCCGAGACCAGCAUCACCAUAGAUGAUGUUGUGCACGUUAUUGAUGGAGGAAAAAUCAAAGAGACGCACUAUGAUACAAACAACAACAUCUGCACAAUGAAUCCCGAAUGGGUCAGCCGUGCCAAUGCCAAGCAAAGGAAAGGUCGUGCAGGCAGAGUUCAGCCAGGCUACUGCUACCACCUUUACAAUGGCCUGCGCGAAUCUCUCUUGAAUGAUUAUCAGUUACCUGAAAUUGUUAGGACACCUUUAGAAGAACUCUGCCUUCAGAUUAAGAUCUUAAAGCUUGGUGGCAUUGCCAACUUUUUCCUAAAACUAAUGGAUCCACCAUCUCGAGAAGCAAUACGACUGUCAAUACACCACCUCAUGGAACUGAAUGCCCUAGACAAAAACGAGGAAUUAACACCAUUAGGCUUUCACCUGGCUCGAUUACCUGUUGAGCCUCAUAUUGGAAAGAUGAUUCUGUUUGGGGCCCUCUUUUGUUGUUUAGAUCCAGUGCUAACUAUAGCAUCAAGUCUCAGCUUUAAAGACCCUUUUGUCAUUCCUUUGGGUAAAGAGAAAGUGGCAGAUGGUAGAAGGAAAGUGUUAUCAAAUAAUUCUAAAAGUGACCAUUUGACUGUGGUAAACGCAUUUCUGGGUUGGGAGGAAGCCAAAUGGCGCGGUGCUAGAGCAGAAAGAGACUACUGCUGGGAAAACUUUCUCUCUACUAACACACUCAAGAUGCUGAAUAACAUGAAGGGGCAGUUUGCUGAACAUCUUCUUGCAGCUGGGUUUGUGAGCAGCAGAAACCCAAAAGACCCAGAAUCAAAUACUAAUUCAGAUAAUGAAAAACUCAUUAAAGCCGUUAUUUGUGCUGGCUUAUAUCCAAAAGUGGCAAAGAUUAGACCUAGCUUCAGUAAAAAGAGACACACAGCGAAGAUUUACACAAAGUCAGAUGGUAAAGUGAGCAUCCAUCCUAAAUCUGUCAAUGUGGAGGAGGGCGAAUUCCACUACUCCUGGCUUGUUUACCAUCUAAAGAUGAGAACUACUGGUAUUUACCUAUAUGACUGCACAGAGGUCUCGCCAUAUUCUCUCCUUUUCUUUGGGGGAGAUGUUUCUAUACAGAAAGACAAAGAUCAGGAUACUAUUGCUGUGGAUGAAUGGAUUGUGUUUCAGUCACCUGCUAGGAUUGCACAUCUAGUAAAGGAAUUAAGAAAAGAACUUGAUUAUCUUUUAAAAGAAAAAAUUGAAAAUCCCCAACCCGUGGACUGGAAUGAAAAAGAAUCCAGAGACUGUGCUGUCCUUUCAGCUAUUAUAGAUCUCAUUACCACACAAGAGAAUGCAGAAGUGAAAAACUUUACCCCUCGAUUCCAAAGUGGCUAUUACAGGUGAUGGCAAAGCAGCUCAACUGUAGCAAGAAAUGUUCCCCAGUCAUCAAUGGGCUUUUCUUUUGGUGCUAUAGCCAGCGUGCGCAUGCACUUUAUAUGUUGUCCUUCCUGUAACUAGGAGACUUGUGUAAAAAAUCCUCUAAAUAAAUUGAUUGCUGCCAGUG